AUGGACUGGUCACAUAUUUACGCCCGCACGGGACCGCCGCCCUUCCCUAAUCCCACGACGCUUCCGACGACACCAUUGCAGCAAAAAGGCCUUGCUGCCUUGUUCAUCUUUCCAAUUUUGUCGAUCUUGUUCGUGUCAAUGCGCAUUUACAGUCGCGUGACCUCACGGACGACAGGCUUAGAUGACUACCUUAUUCUUGGAGCGCUGCUUUUUGCUCUGCUUAUGAUCCCACCUCUUUAUAUGUUCAUGAAACUCAAUUACUGGGGAUUUAGAGCCUACGAUGUACCGAAAGAUCUCGAUAUGCGCGCCGGUUUCUGGUGGAACUUCCUCGUGCAAAUGUUUUAUAACCCCGUCCUCGCUCUCGUCAAGGCUUCGAUCCUCGUCUUUCUUCUUCGACUGGGUGGUCACAAAACGAACGUACGAUACGCAAUUCACGGACUCAAUAUCUUCAACGCUCUCCACGCCGUCGCUAUCUUCUUCACUGCACUCUUCCAAUGUUGGCCGAUUGAAGCAAACUGGGAUUUCUCGCUACGAGGGCAGCCGGGGGUGCAGUGUGUUGAUAACUGGUUCCAUGUCAUUGCUUCCUGCAUCACUAUCGUGACGGACUUCCUUGUUGUUGCGCUGCCAUUCUGGAUCUUCUUGGGUCUAUCAAUGCGAUGGGCGACCAAGAUUGCUGUGAUCGGUGUCUUUGUCCUGGGUAGUCUAGUCGGUAUCAUCGGCAUCGUGCGAGUCAUCUCUAUUCAUCACCAGCUCGUCGAAGGACCCGACCCAGGCGAGGACACAUUCUAUACCGUUCUUCCGGUCUGGGGUGCCGUCGAAACAAACAUCGCCAUCAUCUGCGCUUCCAUCCCAGCUCUCCGACCGCUUUUCCGACGAUGGUUCCCUUCACUCUUUGGAGGAAGCUCUGGAGUAACAUCCGGCACACCCUACGCCGACCGAUACGGAACUGGUACUCGUGGAACCAAUGGAUUGAGGUCGCAUAACCACGAUAACAUACACCUUAAAGACCUUCGAGGAUCAAGGAAUCAACAUACUGAGAUUCGAAGUGUGUCGCCGACUGGGUCGGAAGAAGAGAUUAUGACGUAUAACGGGAUUAUGCGGACGACAAAUGUUGAUGUCGUGUACGAAAAUAGUUCAAAGGCGGCUGUAGAAGAGACCAGAACGACUAGAUCAAGGACCUCCAGCGAGAUGAAGUAUGGGAAUAACAUGCCAGAGACCAGGCCCGGCGUCUAG